GAUAUAAUGGAUACAAAUAAUCAUUCCACUGUAACACAGUUCUUCCUCAAGGGCCUCACAGAUGAGCCAGGGUUCCAACUUCCUUUGUUCAUUCUCUUCUUGCUCGUCUAUUCAGCAAGUGUAUUGGGAAACUUGGGCAUGAUUAUACUAAUUGUACUGAAUCCUCACCUUCACACUCCCAUGUAUUAUUUCAUUAGUAACUUGUCCUUCAUUGAUCUCUGUCACACCACUAUCAUCACCCCCAAAAUGCUGGUGAAUUUUGUGUCAGAGAAAAACAUCAUCUCCUAUAGUGAAUGCAUGUCUCAGCUCUAUUUCUUUCUCAUUUUUGUUACUGCUGAAUCGCACGCGUUGGCAGUGAUGGCAUAUGAUCGCUAUGUUGCCAUUUGCAGCCCUCUGCUUUAUAAUGUUCUGAUGAACUAUCAGGUUUGCUCCUGGCUCAUGGGAGGAGUAUACUUUCUAGGAAUAGUUGACUCCACAAUUCACAUAGGCUUCAUGCAGAGACUGCUGUUUUGCAAAGCCAAUGUCAUCGACCAUUAUUUCUGUGAUCUCCAUCCCCUGCUGAGUCUCUCCUGCUCCAGCACCUAUGUAAAUGAACUCUUGGUCUUGUACUUAAGUGCAUUUAACAUCUUUACUCCAGUCCUGACUAUCUUUAGCUCUUACAUCUUCAUCAUUGCCAGCAUCCUCCGCAUCCGUUCCACUGAGGGUAGGUUUAAGGCUUUCACCACCUGUAGCUCCCACAUUGCUGCUGUUACUCUUGCUUUUGGCUCUGGCAUGGUGGUGUAUCUGCAGCCAUUAUCAGCUCACUCUAUGACUCAGGGUAAAGUGUCCUCUGUGUUCUAUACUAUAAUCUUACCCAUGUUAAAUCCUCUGAUCUAUAGCCUAAGGAAUAAAGAUGUCAAAAUUGCCCUGAAGAAAACUCUUGAGAAAAUUAGAUUCUCAUGA